AUGGAUCAAAGAAAUAAUGUUUUCCAAAUAAAAUAUAACAAUUUUAAGAACUCACUUGAAGAAUUACAAGAGCGAGUGAUCCAGUUGGGUCAUGAAAAAGAAGAGCAUGAAGUUGUCUUAAAAACAUUGAAAGACUCAGAAUCUGAUAGAAAAGUUUAUAGAAUGGUUGGUGGUGCAUUGGUAGAAACUAACGUAAAAGAUUCAAUUCCAAUAUUAACUACAAAAAAGGAUAAUUUAAAUAAAACUAUUGAACAGUUAAAGAUGCAACUAGUUAAAACUGCACAAGAUUUUGAAAAAUGGAAAAAAGACAAUAAGAUCCAAGUUGUUCAACAAUAG